ACAAGGUGGCAACAAGGAAGUGCAAAGGAGUUGUGACAGAAAGAUGUUUACUGUAGUUUAAUACCGUUAACUUUCCAUCAUUUGGACCACGGGACGGUCAGGGAGCACUGCUAGCUUCACAAACGAUAGCAAACACGGAACUGAAAAUGCAGACUGUACGAAAACGUCGAGGAAACGAUUCACAAACAACACAAACUAGCACUCCUGGUGGUGUGAAGGAAAUCGUGGCACAGCAGAAAAGGCAGCACUUCCACUCCGACCUGUGGUUCUGCCUGACUCUGCAGAACUGGAUACUGGACUUUGGAAGGCCUAUUGUAAUGAUCAUCCUUCCUUUGGAGUGGUUUCCCCUCAACAAGCCCAGUGCUGGAGACUAUUUCCACAUGGCAUACAAUGUCAUCACACCAUUCCUAAUGCUCAAGCUAAUCGAGCGCAGUCCACAAGCGCUGCCUCGCUCAGCGGUCUACCUCUGCAUCAUCACUUUUGUCAUGGGAGCCAGCAUCCACCUGGUGGGAGACUCCAUCAACCACCGGCUCAUCCUGAGUGGCUACCAGCUCCACCUGUCAGUCAGAGAGAACCCCAUCAUCAAAGACCUCAAACCUGCCUCUCUGAUCGACUCCUUCGAGCUGCUCUAUUAUUAUGACGAACAGCUGGGACACUUAAUGUGGUACAUUCCUUUCUUCAUCAUCCUGUUCAUCUUUUUCACCGGCUGCUUCACCAAGGCCAAAGAACAGAAGAAGAUUCCCGUCUCUGGUUGGCUGUUGCUGGGACCCAGCGCCCUCUACUAUUGGUACUUGGUCACUGAGGGACAAAUCACUGAGCUUUUCCUCCUCACCUUCCUUGCCAUGGUUGUCAUGGUGAUACACCAACAGCGCAAAGGCCUCAGUCCAGACAGCAACGGCCUGUUCCUGUUCUGUAGUUUCAGUGUGACUGUGCUCCUGGUGGCACUGUGGGUGGCCUAUCUGUGGAACGACCCGGUGCUACGCAACAAGUACCCCGGACUCAUUUAUGUGCCCGAACCCUGGUCCUACUACACCUUACACAUCAAGAGCAACCACUAAUAUAUAUCUGUUCAGGUCUGUACGCUUGUGUUUGAAGAAGGUGCUGUGACAUCAGAAGACACUUACGUAAGUGUGAACUGACUGAUGCAUAUGUUUCUUUCUUCAGCAGUUUUUGUGUAACAGGUCAUGGCCACGCUCAGACAGUGACUAUGUUUAUGUGCUCACUAAUAUUCCACUUUUAUUACAAAAGUAUUACGGGUCAUGUAAACAUAUUCUGUUUGGGUAUUUUUAAUUCAUCCUUAUCCAGAAUAAAGAAAUUUCAGAUUAGGACGUGGGAUUAGGGUUGGGACUCGUUAGGAUUUUAACGAUUCCGAUUCCUUACCGAUUCCUUCUUAACGGUCCGAUUCCUUACCGAUUCCUCUUACCGAUUCCUACAUUAUAUUCAUUAUACUUGCUAUACUUAAACAAGUAUAUAAUAAACACAAAUGCAAUCAUACAAAUACAAAAACUUUAUUCUAACUGUUGCACAGUACAAUUAGAUGAAAAUACACAUUUGUGUGUGGUGUGUAUUUCAGAUUUAGAGCUUGUAUCAUCUCCCUGAGAAUAUAUAACAACAAGAAGUGAUCCUCUGAUUUCCACAGCAAUGUAAUAAAAAAUACUUAUAUGCAUUCAUGCUUGGGCACUGUUAUUUACGUGACAACCCCUCGCUGGAAGCAUCGGACCUCCCGCCGCCCGCCGCCCGCCGCCCGCCUCCGCCUUGAUUAAACACUAAAAAUUAAAUAAAAGAGGGAGACAGGUUUUUCCUGUUUUAUCGUAUUUUGUUAUAUUUCUCCCUCUCCCCUCACUGGAAGCCUCGGACCUCCUGCCACCCACUCCCGUCUCAAACACGGAGGUCUCCCUCUCCGCUGAGCACCCACGGUUCAGGCCUGGCCUGUUAAAUAGCCUGUAACCAUAACAACUGUGUGACACAAACUCAGUGCUUUAGUAAUUAAAUAAUGUCGGGCUCGGUCGGGUUCGGACAGAAAUAUGUCAAUCUAGGAACCGUUUGCAGGAACCGUUACUCCAAAUGUGAUGGAACCGUUCCAAAAAAGAACCGGAUCCGGAUCCCAACUCUACGUGGGAUAUACUAUUAUUAUUCAGGGGUUUUACUGCAGUUUGUGACAGCUGUCAGCAAGCUCUCAAGCUGUCAUCCGUUUGCAACUCAGUCGAUGUGACGAAUCUUCCGAUGCGCAGAGGAUUGUGAGUCAGAGUAGCAAGAUAAGCACGCUGGCUUGUGUACUGCAAAAUGCUAUCUAUUGGGACUUACUAAAUCUUUCUCUGGCAUACUAUACAGUAUGGUAGUGUGGGUACUGGAACUCACAGCAGCUCACCAAUAUUUUACAAGGCUGGUUUAGAGAUGCAUGCCCAAAAGAAAAGCUCACAUUUCUGAUCAGAAGAAGACACCCCUUCUUACAAACAUGCUGAAAGGCUUAGAUAUCAACAGGUUUUUGGAUGUGUGUAAAUAUGGUGAUACCAACUUUUUCAAAAAGGUGGUUGAAGGAAUGAAAAAAGGUCAAACAAGUCUGCCACUGGUGGAAAACUUUGAAAAAAAAUCCUGUUUUGAUUCAGAGAAGCAAAGUGACAAGAGACAGCCGCUCUGCUUUUCCAUAUUUUAACGUGAUACACAAUAUGUUUGGCGCACAUUAAUCAGAGUAUGCACAGCUGCAUGUAAACACAAAUAUCAGUGAAUAUUCAUAUUCAUUAGUCACAUAAACAGAUAAGCAGGAAUGUUGUCUUUUUUGGAAUAAGGGCAAAAAACAGAAUAUUUUGUGCGUGUAAACAUAGUUGGUGACAGUGAUCAAUGAAGGCUGGUGAUGUGCACCAACCUCACUGUUAAACACAAGGUUCUGCUGGCACAGCAAGAUAUUCAGACGGGGAUUUGUCUCCUCUGUUUAUUUCUAUACUGACACAUGAAGACUUUAACAGGUUGGAAUUGAGCUGAUUGGUCUGAAUUCGCACAUGCAAUCAGACCUGUAACACUGCUUGGAUCUUGUGACAUGAGACACUUUUGCUGUAAUGAGUUGGAAAAUCAAAAACUGAAAUUUAAUAUUAAGACUCAUUAAGUUUUAUUUUAUUUAUUUCUUUUUUUAAUUUGCUCUAAAAGGAAUAUGUCUGUUUUGUUUCAUUGAAGGUGUUACACUGAAACCAGAACAAUACAAACAUGCCGCAGGUUUGUUGUACAUCAAUAUGUCUGCGAUAAUUUAAUUAAACACAGAUUUGUUUAAGGAUAGGCAUAUUGUGAGUGAAAUGUCAAGAAAAUUACAAGGCCCUUGUUUACAGCAGGUGAACAUGCAGAAGCUGCUCUGGAGCCCUUUAACAUUUAGUUUUAAAUUGGGCUUCGCUGGAGCAUAAUGUGAGACAAUUUGUAAUUAAUUAAAUUACCACAAACUAAUCUUCACUCAGAUAACGUAGGGCCUUCAGGCCCUCUUUGGCAGUUCUGCUCCUUUUGUAACUUUGGUAGACUUGUGAACACACAGAGCAAGGUCAACUGUUGGCACCCUUUGGUAGUAAAAAAAAGUUUACGAACUGCCCUUUAAACCAGACAAGUCAAUGACAACACUAACCUGCUAUGAACAAAGUAAAGGUGAAUACAUGUAUGGUACAUUCAUUGAAAUAAUUAGAGAAAAAUCUUACCUUGUUUAAGCUCAUUGAAGAUCAGUUGAGGAGUGAAUGCUGCGAGGCUGAUCUUUAACAAUUGUCUGUUUGUUAAAUAUAUGACCGCCAGUUACAGCUACUAUACACAGUACAAGUUGUGAUGUCUUGAGAGGUCGGGAGCUUUUCUCAUGGAGCUUUGGAGGCGAGGGUGCAGGGAAUGAAGACAGUUUGAAUUCAGUAUCAUCCUAUAACAGGUCACCUUAAUUCUUGCAAACAAACAGUAAACAAACAAACAAACAAACAAACAGAUAUUUAAAUUAAAAGUCUACUUCUGUUACACAUCAGGCAUUGUCUGUCCCGUCACUGUUUAUCUUUAAGCUCCUUCACCAGAACAAUCAGCUUAUCUGUUUCACCUGGGCAGCAGCCAUUGAUCUGACUGCCCUGCAUGCUUACCAUGGGUUUUGUAGUCUUUUCCUGGAUGCCAUGAUCAUUUGUAGUCCUUACUGCAUCCAUCAGGAGGGAAUGUAUAGAGAAAAAAAUAAAAAGAAUAAAUUCUCUCAGGUAUUGGUUUCACAUUUUGACAGAUUUUGGUGAUGUAUGUCGCCAUUCUCUUAGAAAUGAGAGCUGUUAACUGUGUUUCCAUAUGUGGUCAAAGUACUGUUAUAAUCCAGCCCUGUCACCAACAUGCACUGCCUGACAUCAUCCUGUUUUUAUUGUAUUAUUUUUUAUAUGAUGUGUUUAAGUAAUGAACCAUAGAAGUGUUCACAAUGAAAAGAAGCUAUUGUAAGAAGGUCAAGGAAGCAUGAGUGGAUUACUUUUGUGAUACAAAUGAAGUUAUUUUUAUGAAAACAGAAUUUAACUGAUGAAUUGUUGCUGAUUUGUUUUUGACAUGUUGACUUGCUCUUGUAAAAUUGUAAUUGUAAUUACUGUUGCUGUUCCUUUGCUUAAGAUCACUUUGUUGCUGGUAAAAUACUGUUCAGUUACUGGUUCCUCACUUCCUAGAUUUUACGUACAUUUGUCUUAAAUAAAAUGUUGAA